AUGAGGUUUACCUGGGUGAGAUUGUUCACUCUAAACUGCCUAUUCCAGGCUGGGCAGGGAAGUCCGGUCCACUCAAAGGAUGAGUACCACCUGAAGCCAUUCCAUAUCGACCUUUCGUCGAAGGUGCCUCGAAUGCUUGACCAGAUCCGACGCACUGAGUUGCCUGAGAAGCCCAUCUACGUCAACACGGGGACCGCGCAGGGAAUCAGCCUGAGCGAUCUCAAGUCGUUCCGAAACCAAUGGCUCACCCGCUUCGACUGGAAGCACGAGCAAAAAGAGCUGAAUGAAUUCAACCACUACACAGCCCAAAUCGAAGGCCUAGAGAUCCACUUUAUCCACGCAAAGAGCAAAGCACCAGAUGCCAUCCCUCUCCUCCUCCUCCACGGCUGGCCGGGCUCAUUCCUCGAAUUCGUCCCGAUAAUCAACAAGCUCACCGAGAAGGCCACCACAGCAGCCGGGAAGAAGGUCUCCUUCGACGUCAUCGUGCCCUCCCUCCCGGGUUACGCUUUCUCCUCCGUUCCGCCGGUCAAAUGGACAAUCGCUGACACUGCCCGUGUGUUCGAUACCCUCAUAACAAAGGUCCUCGGCUACGACACGUACGCGACGUUUGGGACGGAUUGGGGUGCCGGCGUCGCGUACAGUUUGUACGGCCAGUUCAACACCACUGUUCGCGCAGCGCAUCUCGCCUUUUUGCCCUUCGCUCCUUUGAGUUCGGAACAGCUGGCCGCGGAGAACAUCACUCUCUCGCCCCUGGAGGAAUACGAGCAGGCGAAUGCAGAGGAGUGGACGCGUUCCGGGGAGGGGUAUUUUGUUGAGCAGACUACGAAACCCAACACAAUUGGCCUCGCACUCCACGAUAAUCCCGUCGGGCAGCUCGCCUGGAUUGGCGAGAAAUUUCUCAACUGGUCCGACCCCAACGCUGGCCACGCGCCUUCAACCCUCACCCACAACGAAAUCCUCCGCAGCGUCUCGCUGUACUACCUAACCGAAUCUUUCGCUUCGUCCGUGCUCACCUACGCCCAGAACCCCAAUGGUUUUGCGACGGUAUAUACGAAGGCCAACACCGAUGCGCCGCUGCUCUUCAGUGCGUUCAAGUAUAAUGUUGGAUUCUGGCCGCCGGCUGUCGUUGCCAAAGUGGGGAAUUUGGUGAAGUAUACUAAUCAUGAGUCCGGCGGCCAUUUCCCUGGCAUUGAUAAUCCACCUGCUCUUCUGGCAGAUCUGCGCGAGAUUGCGAGCUAUUGGAAGGAUUAGGAUUCUUGGAGAGGAUAAUAUACAGGGUAUUAUUCAAUAAAGGGUGGCUAUGGCCUGGCUUAAGAGGGGGCCUCACCUACUGAAGGC